AUGCCGGACGGAGUAGCCGGUACUGCGCGAAGGGCGGGCAGGCGGGCGCCCAAGUUGAGCUCCACGAUCGCCGCCUUCCUCGCCCGGCUCGGCGGGAGCUGGCGGCAAUACUUGAAACGGAUCAUUGCAGAGUAUGAGGCCCUGGAUAUGGAAAUGCCGUGUAUCCGCAAGUUCCCCAGGCCACCAGCUGCUCGGCCCCUGUGCCUCUGUCUGGAGAGUCAGCCUGAAAAGGAGAUGAACCACGCAGAAGUCCUAGCAGCAAUCGAGGCAGCCAUUCCCAAUGCGUUUGAAAUGGGACUCCUGCACAGCAUCCAGUUUGAAAACAUCAACGUGAUCUGUGGGACUGCUGGACGGAAGAACAGGUGGCUAAUUACAGUCUCAGACUUCCGGACCCGGAACCAGCUCUUGUGUUCAGGAUUGACCUUGGGCCCAAAUCACUUUGCAUUGCGACGCUGGGACGACCUGGUGAUGGAGGACUAUCGCAUGCACCUCCGGAGGGCGCUAGCACGCCAGCGCCUACUGGACACUCUUAGUGACUCCUGGGAUCCAAAGCAGUUGGAUGGCAUAUGA